AUGCAUCUCCAUGGCUUCUCGGCGCCCUCUGACAAAAAUAGUUGGCCCCUCUCGUCAUCGGACGUCCCGUUUUCUGGGCGUGGGGGGGGGGAGGGCGGGAAGCGGGCGGCGCUAGGGCCGCGCAGGGCAGGCCCGGCUGGCCGUGCAGGCAGCCGAGGGGAGGGACCCCGACCGCAGCAGCCCGGCCCGCUGCUUUCCAAGCCAUCCCGAGCUGGGCUGCCGGCGCCGCCGCCGCCCGGCCAUGCAGGCGCGCCGCGCUCCCUGCCCGCGUCUCCCCGGGCGGGCUGGGCGGCGCUGCGGACCCCGCGGCCGUCGGGGGGCGCGGAGGCUGGGCUGAGGGGCUGCGGGGCGCCGGGCUGCGGGGCGCCGCCGUCGAGGAUGCGGUGGGCGGGCGCGCUGCUCCUCUGGGCGGCGCUGUCGUGCGCCGGGGGAGCGCGCAGCUGCCCGCUGCAGCUGCGCGGCUGCAAGUGCGCGGACGAGCGGCCCAAGGGGCUGGCCAUCCCCGGCGCCGCCAGGAAGAGGGUCAGCUGCGGCGGAGGGGACUGGGGCGAGCCGCCGGCGCCUCGCUUCUUGCCCGACGGCACGGUCACCCUGCUUUUGAGCAACAACAAGAUAGCAGCGCUGAGGAAUGGCUCUUUCUUCGGAUUGCACGCUCUCGAGAAGCUAGACUUAAAAAACAACUUGAUCAGCACCAUCCAGCCUGGAGCUUUCCUUGGCCUCUCUAACCUGAAGCGUUUGGACCUCUCCAACAACCGCAUUGGCUGUCUCAGCUCCGGCAUCUUCCAGGGACUGGCCAACCUCAUCCGCUUGAACGUGUCUGGCAAUAUUUUCUCCAGCCUCCAGCUUGGGGUCUUUGACCAGCUGCUGUCUCUGAAAGUCAUCGACUUCGCCACUGAAUACCUGACAUGCGACUGCAAUCUGCGCUGGGUCCUGCCCUGGUUCAAGAACCGCUCCGUCCAGAUGUCGGACAAGACGUUGUGCAUCUACCCCAGCGCCUUGCAUGGGAAGCCAGUGCGGAACGUCCGGGAGAGCCAGAUGCGCUGCGAAGGCGCCCCUGAGCUGCACACCCACCAGUUGAUCCCGUCCCUGCGGCAAGUUGUCUUCCAAGGUGACCGCCUCCCUUUCCAGUGUACGGCCACCUACUUGGACAACAGCACCCACAUCUUGUGGCAUCACAACCGUGCCUUGGUCCAGGGGGAUGAACGCAGCGGCAUCAUCCUGGAGGAGAGCCUGGUCCACGACUGCACCUUCAUCACCAGCGAGCUCAUCCUGUCCAACAUCCAUGUCUCAGCCAGUGGCGAAUGGGAGUGCACCCUUUCCACUGCCCAGGGCAACGUUAGCAAGAAGGUGGAGAUCGUUGUGCUGGAGACGUCGGCGUCGUACUGCCCAGCCGAGCGGGUCACCAACAACCGCGGAGACUUCAGGUGGCCGCGCACCUUAGCUGGCAUCACCGCCUACCAGUCGUGCCUGCAGUAUCCCUUCACCUCUGGGAAUGGGGGCCCCGGCAUGGAGAAGCAAGCAUGGCGGCGCUGCGACCGCACAGGCCACUGGGAGGAAGGAGACUAUUCCCACUGUCUGUACACCAACGAUAUCACCCGCGUCCUCUACACCUUUGUGCUGAUGCCCAUCAAUGCCUCCAAUGCACUGACCCUGGCCCACCAACUGCGUGUCUACACAGCAGAAGCCGCAAACUUCUCAGACAUGAUGGACGUCAUCUACGUGUCUCAGAUGAUUGAGAAGUUCACCAGUUACGUGGAUCAGAUCAAGCAGCUCACAGAUGUCAUCGUGGAGAUGGCCAGCAACAUGAUGCUGGUGGACGACCACGUCCUGUGGAUGGCUCAGAUCGAGGACAAGGCCUGCACCAGCAUUGUCCACUCGCUGGAGAGGAUCGCCGGCUACACCCUCAGCACCGACUCGCAGCACGUUGCCGUGAACUCCAGGAAUAUCGCCUUCGAGGCCUACUUGAUCAAGCCGGAAAGCUACACCGGCCUGAGCUGCACAGCCUUCCAGAAGCACGAGGGGAUGCUCGGUGGGCGGCCCCCGCGGCAGGAGCGAUACAGCGAGCCCCCGGCAGACCAGCAGCUGAAGGUCCGCUGCACCACAGGACGACCCAACAUCUCUCUGGCCAGCUUCCACGUCAAGAACAGCAUUGCUUUGGCCUCCAUUCAGUUACCUCCGGGCCUCUUCUCUUCGCCGGCAUCCCCUCACCCUCCUCCCACCAAAUGCAAGCUCCAGUUCCUGGUGUUCCGCAACGGCAAGCUCUUCUGCAGCACCGGAAACUCGUCCCACCUCGCCGACGACGGCAAGCGGCGCAGCGUGGCCACGCCGGUGAUUUAUUCAGGCACACACGGCUGUGGAGUGAACAACCUCACGGAGCCCGUCGUCCUCUCGCUGCGUCAUUUGGGUGAGGGGACUGACCGCAUGGCCGCAUACUGGGAUUUUGACGUUCUGGCCGGCUAUGGUGGCUGGAGAGCGGAAGGUUGUCAGCUGGUGGGCCUUGAGCUCAACAUCACCACCGUCAGCUGCCGGCACCUCAACAAUGUGGCUGUCCUUAUGGAACUGAGCAAUUUCCCACGGGAGUCACAGAGCCCAGCUGAGGUGCUUCAUCCUGUCAUUUACACCUGCACGGCCCUUCUCCUCCUCUGCCUGUUUGCCACCAUCAUCACCUAUAUCAUCAACCACAGCACCAUCCACAUCUCACAGAAAUGCUGGCACAUGCUGCUCAACCUCUGCUUCCACAUGGCCAUGACGUCCGCCGUGUUUGCAGGAGGCAUCACCCUGACCGACUACCUGGUCAUCUGUCAGGCGGUUGGAAUCAUUCUGCACUACUCUUCCUUGUCGACCCUCCUGUGGAUGGCCGUGACGGCUCGGGUGAUCUACAAGGAAGCCACAUGGAAGGCGCCGCAGCAGCAGGAAGGGGAAGCGCCUCUGCCGGCCCCACGCCCAAUGCUACGAUUCUACCUGAUUGCCGGCGGGAUCCCCCUCAUCAUCUGUGGGAUUACAGCAGCUGUCAAUAUCCACAAUUACGGGGACCACGACUCCUACUGCUGGCUGGCCUGUAGGCCGAGCAUUGGGGCGUUCUACGUCCCCGUGGCUUUCAUCUUGCUCAUCACCUGGAUCUACUUCCUGUGUGCUGGCAUCAGUUUGCAGUGCCAAGCCAAGAACCCGAAGGAGAUGCCCAGACCUCCAGAGACCCCGCCGCGCCUGGGCGGCAGCAGCAACCUUCUGACCGACUCGGGCUCCAUCUCGGUCACACUGAACUCCGGCCCACACGGCGCCGAGGUCGACGGCGCCUACUCCCUGGGGGUGCAGUUCUGGGCACUGAUGAUCACCCAUUUCCUGUACAUCACCCUGUGGGCCUUCGGCGCCACGGCAGUGUCCCAGCGCUGGUUCCUCCUGAAGGUUGUUUUCAGCUGCCUCUACGGAGUCACUGCUGUCAUGCUGGGGCUCUUUAUCUUUGUUCACCACUGCGCCCGGCGCAGGGACGUGCAGAACUCCUGGUUUGCCUGCUGCCCCUCAUACAGGAACGCUUUGCCCAUGCAAGCCUACGUGCUCCCGGGGGUGGAGGACGGCUCGCAGGUCUUCAUCGGCUGCAGCCCGGAGGCGGCGCACUCCGCGAAGUCCUCAUCCUCCCCCAGCAGCACCAAUUCGGCCCCUGGUUCCUGCAAGCUCAACAAUUUGCAGGUGGCUCUCGGGCAGGCGGAGAGCCACCCCCCGGCGCCCCCCAGCUACGAGGAUCCAGAGCCACCCAGCAGCAAGGGUGCCCCCGCCGCCAGGUAUGCCAACAACCUCCACGGGCGCAGCAGGCACCACAAAAGCAGGACUAAGCAAUACCGGGAAGGGAAGCACCAGCGGCUCAAAGCGCUGCGGGGGCCUUCCUCCGAGCACCCUGCCAGCGAGAGCGGCAGCUUCCACAACAGCCUUUCAGAAAGCUACCAAAGCAGCCGGAACAGCCCGCUGAACAAUCGGCGCCAGGGCCCGGGUCCCAACCCGGACUCGGCCCUGACGCAGUCGGACUUGAGCGACGGGGGCGGCAGCAGCGGUCACCAGGCGGGGGACUUCGGCCGAGCCCAGCGGCGGAGUGCCAGCCGAGACAACCUUCGGCACCAGGCCAACCCCGCGGACAGAGAGACUAAGCGGAGAUCUUUCCCGCUCAACGUGGCCAACCAGAACGGGGCUUUGAAGGGUAGCAAGUACGAUAUCAACCUCGCCAGCGCUGAGAGCACGGCAGGCAUGAAAACGGGGCUCUGGAAGAGCGAGACGACGGUGUAG